CAGAUGAACCUAUGCCUGUACCAGAAGAUCUUUCUACCACUUCAGGAGGACAGCAGAAUUCUAAGAAUGAAAGAGUUUUGGGGCUUUUACAAUACUGACAGGAGGAUGUGGAAACCCAGUUACAAUAUGACACACAGGCUUCAGUGUCACAAUCGCUGGCGUUCAGUGCUACCUUCUGGAGCCUGGGGAAGAAGGAUGUGUGCUUCUGGGUGGUAUGAGUGGAGUGGAGGGAAGAGGAAGAUAAAUUGUGUGGAGAGAGAAGAUGACAGAAUGUGGAACUUAAGGCUUCUGGAAACCUAACGCCUGCAGGAAACUAGGAUUCUCUGGGCUGUUUGUUUUUAAAGUAUGAUUGCCCAAUUAUUAUGGAAACCAAACAUGAGCUGGAACACAAACCAGCCUAGCUACUAAAAAUGAUGGAGCUGAGACAUAGAUCCAACUUUAAGAUCCCAGAAGUUUGCUUUUCACUUUAUAUUCCAAGAUUUGAAAUAACUGUGGUGUUUUUAGCAUGAUGAUCUGACCAUGACAAUCCAUUGCUUCGUAAGAGCUGAGGUUUCUGUGCAUCUGUUGCUAGUCAAGGUUACAUAUGGGGCUGAAGGCUUUAGGGAUUUUCACGCAUUAAUUCCAAAAUCUUAUUCUCCCAGUAAUGUUAAAGUAGAGACUCAGAGUGAUGAAGAGAAUGGGCGUGCCUGUGAAAUGAAUGGGGAAGAAUGUGCGGAGGAUUUACGAAUGCUUGAUGCCUCGGGAGAGAAAAUGAAUGGUUCACACAAUGGCCAAGGCAGCAAAGCUUUGUCAGGAGUUGGAGGCAUUCGACUUCCUAACGGAAAGCUAAAAUGUGAUAUCUGUGGGAUCAUUUGCAUCGGUCCCAAUGUGCUCAUGGUUCACAAAAGAAGCCACACUGGAGAACGCCCUUUCCAGUGCAAUCAGUGUGGUGCCUCUUUUACUCAGAAAGGCAACCUCCUCCGUCAUAUCAAGUUGCAUUCUGGUGAGAAGCCCUUCAAGUGUCAUCUCUGUAACUACGCAUGCCGCAGGAGGGAUGCCCUCACAGGUCACCUGAGGACUCAUUCGGUUGGUAAACCUCACAAAUGUGGAUAUUGUGGCCGAAGCUAUAAACAGCGAAGCUCUUUAGAGGAACAUAAAGAGCGUUGCCACAACUACUUACAAAGCAUGGGCCUCCCAGACACUCUGUACCCAGUCAUUAAAGAAGAAACCAACCAUAGUGAAAUGGCCGAAGAUUUGUGCAAGAUUGGAUCCGAGAGAUCCCUCGUGCUGGAUAGACUAGCAAGUAACGUCGCCAAACGUAAGAGCUCUAUGCCUCAGAAAUUUGUGGGUGAGAAAUGCUUGUCAGAUCUCCCAUAUGAUGCCAGCACCAAUUAUGAGAAGGAGAAUGAAAUGAUGCAGACCCAUGUCAUGGAUCAGGCCAUCAACAAUGCCAUUAGCUACCUUGGGGCUGAAUCAUUGCGCCCACUGGUGCAGACGCCCCCAGGCUCCGAGGUUGUACCAGUCAUCAGCUCCAUGUACCAGCUUCACAAGCCCCAUGCAGAUGGCCACCCACGCCCUAACCACACAGCCCAGGACAGCGCCGUGGAAAAUCUAUUGCUGCUUUCCAAGGCUAAAUCCAUCUCCUCUGAAAGAGAUGCCUCCCCAAGCAACAGCUGCCAAGACUCCACAGACACAGAGAGUAAUAACGAGGAACGGAGUGGCCUCAUUUACCUGACAAACCAUAUAAACCAACAUGCCAGAAAUGGUUUGUCCAUAAAAGAAGAGCAUAGGCCCUAUGAUGUCCUGAGGGCAGCAACUGACAAUUCCCAAGACGCUUUCAAAGUGAUCAGCAACAAUGGGGAGCCAUUGAAGGUGUAUAAAUGUGAACACUGCAGGGUCCUCUUUUUGGACCAUGUGAUGUAUACUAUCCACAUGGGUUGCCAUGGCUUCCGUGAUCCUUUCGAAUGCAACAUGUGUGGCUAUCACAGUCAGGACAGGUAUGAAUUCUCUUCCCACAUAACACGAGGGGAGCACCGUUUCCACAUGAGUUAAAACUCCCUUCUCUGCUAAUGUAACCUUAAGUAGUCUAUGCCUAGAGUUGCAUGAACAUCCACACAUAUGAAAAACAAAAAAACAAACAAAAAAGGCAUCAGGAGAAAAAGGAAUCAGAUGCCUGUUUUCUUCCUUUCUGAAGCAUGUAUUGGAUGGUUGUACAAUUGCAACUCAUUUUUUCUUUCUUUUUUUUUUAAGAGAGCAAUGAGAUUUUUAUUGUUAGUUGCAGGGUUGAAUUUUAGAGCAUAAAAAAUUAUUAGUUAAUGUAAGUAGGAGCUUUGUAGACUGCUAGAUCAGACUCCCCUCCUUCAUCUUUUGCUUCUUGUAAGCAUCCCUUCCCCCAAAAGCUAAUUUCAUAGAGAACCCAUACAAAAACAGGCCAAGGGUUGGAAAAGAAAAGAGUCCACUUCUACUUGUGACCCUUUGCUAAGACUCAGAUUCUCACAUCAGGUGGAUUCCGUGACUUUCCAUGAAUAGUCUGUACACAAGAAGAUAUUUGGCUAUCUUAAAGAAAAUAGGAGUAAAAUGAUGUUGAGGACAGAAUCAGAGGUACCCUUUGGGACUCGUCUGAAUUAGAAGGAUUAUGAGGCCCCAGAACUCUUGUUUCCAAGGACUUAUAUGUUUCCUUCUUGCUGUGUGGGAGUGUGUGUUUGCUUGUGUUUUAAAGAAAAUGUUAUUUGGAAUCAUUAUCUGUAUAGGAAAAUAUCCAGUUUGUUUAGAAAAGGUAAUUCCAGGAGAAAAACCUAAGCUGACAAUGAAGAGAUGCUUAAUUAGGAGAAUCUUUUUUAUACGGUCUUAUUUUACUUCGAGGACCUUUUCACAAUGCCUAUAGAACCUUCAAGGAUAUUGCCAAAACUUAUUCCAGUCAUUUGGGGCCAAAUAUUACUGGUGCAUAGUCACAUUUAGACAUUCUUCUCCAUCUGUUCACAUGGAACUUCUUUACAAGCACUAGAGCUUUUAUUUUAAGCUACUGGUUCCCAUACAUGACCCCCAAUCAUUUUUGCAAACCCUACCCCCUGCAGAGAAAUUCAAGUCCCUUUGAAAUAUUUUACUCUAUCUGACACUGCAUUGGUAUUUUUGUUGAUGAGGAUUGCGUUUUACCAUUGCAGAUGGACACCUUCUCUAUAACUUAUAGUCUUAAAGAGCUGCCUGGGGCACUGAGAAAUUAAGUUACUUUUUCAGGAUUACACGGACAGUGUGUGUCAGAGAUGAGACUCAAAACCACAUCUUCCUGAUUGUAGGGUCAUUCUCUAUCCAUUACACCAUACUGCCUCUCUAAAUGUUUAUUUUCUUGAAGGCCAAAAUUUCAUUCCAAACUUCUUUAAUUGACCUCUCUUCCCAUAAAUAUCUUCUCCUUUAAAAUUUAAUCCAGUUCCUUAAUAAACACACAUGUAUAUGAACCAUCCCACCCCAUUCCUCUUUCUCUGUCUUAAAUCCUUAUAACUGGAAAAUCCAUUCCACUAGAAUAUGGGCCUACAAGUUUGUCCAUGAGUAAAUGUGAUUUAUUAUUCUUUUGCACCAUUUCAGGCAUCAGAAGUUACUAGGAAAUAACAUUGCUAACUAUGUCGUAUGGCUGAAAUGGGAAUACGUGUUUUUAAUAUCACAUAAGGGGCAUACAAGAUAGGUGGUAACAAAGAUGGCAGAGUAUCACUAUGAUCUAAUGAGUACAUCCCAUAGUAGUGAGACGACUUUUUAAAUAUUUACUUUGUAAAGACAAGAAGUAAAGGCUUUCUUUACAGCAGUCAGGUGACUAUUUCCAUGUGAAUUUGUAUCACUGUUUUAGUAAAAAUGUUUUAUUUUUUAAGUAUGCAUCAGAGAAACAAUGAACAGUUCUCCACUAACACUGAGGCACAGAAGGGCAAAAAUGUUAAUAUAUUUACAUCUCUGCUCCAUAUUAAUAGAGUUCUUGGUUAUUUCCAAAGUAUUCGGAGGGGAUGAGAAAGGAUCAUCACUAUUCUUUUCUCCAAGGUUUCCAAGGUUUGAAUUCCCCUACUCCACCUCAAUAAUCAGCCUUUGUCAGAUACCAACAAUAGGCCAUGUUCUCAAAGUAUGGUAUUAUUGAUCUGAUCUGAAAUGUCCUGGGUUUAUAGUGAUUCUUUAAAUAUGGAAUUUCUUUAGCAUUCCUACAACUAUUCUUAUUCAUGGAUAGUUGGGUCUUACUGAUAUACCCAUGAAUUAGUAUGGGCACAGGUGUUUCUUUGCCCCCCCCAAAUUUUCAUAUUUUCCAGGACAGGAUUAAUAUUUAAACACUGGAAAUAAGUAAAAUGGAAAUUUGUCAUGUACUGCAGAGGAUACUUCAAAGCAGAGGAAAGAAGAGGCAAAACCUGUCCUAUCUUCUUAUUUCACCACUUCUCUUUUUUAUCCAUUUGACAAAUGGAAGAUCGUUAAAAUUCUAUAUGGAACUUUAAAAAAAAAAAAGGAUAGACCUUAUUGAAAGUAAAUGCUUACAGAAUGGUAUCCUGCUGAGAGCACAAGUUCAGGGCAAUGUACUUUCAUACUCGUUCAUCCAUCUCAUAAAAAGAGUGAAGUCUAGUUUAUGCAAUUUGUUUUAACCAAUGACAUUCCAAACAACUGUACCCAGCACUGUAUAUAGCUGCUCCUGAAGGAGUGUUUUUCUGAAACUCUUAUCCUACUUUCCUCUUGCCUUUUAUAGCCAGUAUAAACUUAUAUUUACACAUCCUUUUGCUGUGAUUUUAUAUUGUAACACCAUUCUUCCCCUUUCAACUAUUGUAGAUUUCAUAAAAUGUCAAUGUGUAAUUAAAUUAUGUUUGAUAUGUGCCCACA